AUACCACUACCACUACUUGUCAACUUUCUUUUUCAUUUCGGUAAAUCGGUAAUGGUUGUCCUGCGGAAAUGACAGAUCCCACCUUGAAACGAAAACCGGAAUAUUAACUUUCCACAAGGAAGCAACGGAUGCUGAGAAAAGGGAGACGCAAAGAUCUGAGCCUGGGGGAAGAUACCUAGUAACUAUAGAUAUUGGGCUACCUACCUAGUAGUAGUAGCUAGGUAGUCUCCUUCGAGGCCCUGUUGCCUCAACUAGUCUUUGUCAUUUUAGGUACCUAGACGUGUUGCCGUGAACAUAACGACGCCAUUUACUCACAUAGCCUAUAUUAAGCAUUCCUUGCAAUAUGCAAUGACCAUAGGAACACUGUAAACAUGGAACUCUAUAGUAAACAUGGAAAGGACAUGCGCGAAAUCGCCGCCAUUGCGAAGGGUGGAGACUGAAAAGAGAGAGAGGGCUCUGUCAUGGCACCUCCCCCCGCAAAGCAGAAACGUAACGACGCCAAAAAAGGCAGUCAGUGCUUCGCCAUUAACUGUACAAACUACAAAAACAGGUUCUCUAAGCAACGUGGCAUCUCUUUUCACAAAUUCCCUGACAAAACUACUCAAACGGAGCUCUACCAGCAAUGGGUUAGGAACUGUGGGAGAACAGUACUUCCAAGUCAACAUGCUCGAGUAUGCAGUGUCCAUUUUGCCAAGUCAGUGGUCAACUCUACCAUGAAACACACAGUACUUUGUGAGGGUGCAGUGCCAACAUUGUUCCAGCUACCUGACCAUUUGAAGGGCGGUGCUGCGGAGCUGUACGGCCAUCUUGGAAGACUUUCACCCCCGAGCGACUGUGGUUCUUCUGUCCCGAUCACAAGAAUGGUACGGUGUGCGGCUUAUAAUUGCCAAAGUGGGAAAAACAAACCAACGAGAGAAAAGGGGAUAACAUUUCACAGGUUCCCAAAUAAAGAAAAAGAUAAUAAAAGAUACAGAGAAUGGGUAAGAAAUUUGAGGUGGAAAAAUUGGACACCUUCAUUACAUUCAGUAGUUUGUUCCAACCACUUUACUGCUGAAUCCUUUGACAGAACUGGACAAACUGUAAGACUACGUGCUUUUGCUGUACCAACGAUAUUUACCUUCCCAUCACAUCUUUGCAGGAAACAGAAUGAAAGAAAGCCACCAAUCAGGAGAGGACUCUCAAAAGAUUUGGAAAGUGAUAAUGUAGCAGUUUCAUUUCCAUCCUUAUCUUCAACCACAACAUUUUUAAAACAAUCCUUACAAAAAAUUUCUGCUAUACCUGACCCACUUUCAGACCCACUUUCAGACCCACUUUCAGUAACACCAGAUCCCUGGUCAUCUUUAACCGAUACGUCAGCAGUUCACAUUUUUGGACAUUUCUCUGAAACAAAACAAGAUGAUAACUGUGAAGAGUUAAAACCCAGAGCCAAAAAUAUGCAGCUUUCCACCAAGAGAAAAAUAGGCAAACCAGCACACAGAUGGUACAGCAGUAUAUCUGAAGAACAUUCAUAUGCAUUAACUUUUAUUUUUGAAGAUGAUGACGAAUUAGAGAGUGAACGAGAUACCGGUAUGGAAAUUUGGAUAAAAGAUGAACCAAUAGAGAAUGAACAUGAAACCAGCAUGGAAAUUGAGAUAAAAGAUGAACCAGUAGAGUUUGAGGAGCCCUGUCACAUUACAGAGGAAGCGAGUGAUCUUCAGCUGAGGCAGCUCCCUUGAGAGAGAAACUAAUUGAGCCUAAACUGUAUGAACAAGAAGAGAAGAGGCAAUUGGGAGAACAUCUGCUGUGAAAAGCAAAAAUUGCUACAACCUACAAAUGUAAUGUGUGCAACUGAGCAGUUAGCAAAUGGACUGAAGGAAAAUAUCACCAGAAGAUACUCCAGUUUGAACUUCACUACUUUACUGAAAAUCACUCAUCGUUUAUAUAUGUGGAGACAUAUUUAUUUUGAUAAUCUUGGUGGUUGAAAUGUGGAACUUCUCUUAAUAUUCCAGAAAAAUAAAACAUAAACAUUACCA